UUUUCUUGAUAUGGAUAUGCUCCAGGAUGGCAUUUCACAGUCUAUAUCUGAUGCUCCACCAGCUCAUUACGUAGUGAGAGUAGAGUUAUUUUCGCUCCUCGCAAAGAAUUCAAUAGAAAAAUACGUGUCAGAGAAAUUUGAAGCUGGAGGAUAUAAAUGGAAGUUGGUCCUACACCCAAGUGGAAACAAGGGCAAAAAUAUAAAAGACCAUGUUUCACUAUACUUGGCUUUGGAUGAAGCAAGUUUACCUCAUCCUGCUUGGGAGAUCUAUGCGAAUUUUCGAUUGUUUUUGCUUGACCAGAACACCGACAACUACUUAGUUGUCCAAGAUGCAACGGGAAAGGAAAGGAGAUUUUACAAAAUGAAGGCUGAAUGGGGAUUUGAUAAGUUCAUUACUCUAAAAGAGUUCAACGAUGCCUCUAAAGGUUAUUUGGUGGAUGAUACAUGUGCAUUUGGAGCAGAAGUCUAUGUAUGCAAGGAAAGAAGCAGAAGUAAAGGGGAAUCCAUAGUAAUGGUGAAGGAUUCCUUUACCUACAAGCAUGUCUGGGAGAUUAACAACUUCUCAAAAUUGGACUUAGAAUGCUAUGACUCUAAAACAUUCAAUGCUGGCAACUAUGAGUGGAAGAUAAAACUAUAUCCCAAAGGAAACGGUCCUGGAUUUGGCAGUCAUCUUUCUUUGUACUUAGCCUUAUCUAACCCAUCAACACUUUCUCCUGCUUCAAAAAUAUAUGCACAGAUAACAUUACGCAUACUUGACCAAAAGCAAGCCAAGCAUCACUUUGGAAAAGCUAAUUACUGGUUUAGUUCCUCAAACCAUGAACGCGGUGCAUCAAGAUUGAUUCCACUCAGUUAUUUCACCAGUCAAUACCAGGGUUUUCUGGUGAAGGAUAGUUGCUUGGUGGAAGCUGAGGUCCAAAUUCUCGGGGUGGUUGAAGCAUUGUCCUGAGUUUGUCUAUAAAACAGUCACAAUGAAGCACCGACACAAUUUCUAUUUCGCUUUCCAUAGGCAUAAUUGGUUAUAUAUGAAAGCUAUACAUGGAA